AUGGAGAAAGAUAUUCAACCACCGCAUGACCAAAAUCAGCCUUCAGAAGGCCCAGUCCAACCUCAAGCUCAGCAGCAGAAUGUGCAGAGUAAUCCGCCAGAUGGUGGCUAUGGAUGGGUCUGCACAGCAGCGGCAGCCACAAUCAACGCUCACUCAUGGGGAUUCAACUCUGCAUACGGCGUAUUCCUUGCCCAUUACCUGAAGCACAAUACCUUCCCCGGCUCAUCACCCUUGGAAUACGCCUUCGUGGGAUCCCUAAGCAUCACCCUGCUAUUACUGGUGUCACCCAUCGCGACAAUAUCCGUCCGAGAAUGGGGCAUAAAACUAAUAAUGUUCUGCGGAGUCAUCCUCGAAACCGCCAGCUUAAUCUGCGCGAGCUUCGCCACCGAAAUCUGGCACCUCUUCCUCACACAGGGAGUCCUCUUCGGCAUGGGGGUAGGCUUCCUCUUCAUCCCGACGGCAGCAGUCGUCCCGCAAUGGUUCACCACCAAACGAUCACUAGCCAGCGGCAUCUCGCUCUCCGGCGCCGGCCUUGGCGGCCUCAUCUACUCCCUCGCAACAGGCGCCAUGAUCCGCAACCUAGGACUACAAUGGGCCUUCCGAAUUCUCGGUAUAAUUGGCUUCAUCGUAAAUACAACCUGUACACUCCUAAUCAAGGACCGCAACAGCACCACCACAGGCCAUCACAAACAAACAUCCAUGAACCUGACCCUCCUCCGCAAAGGCGAAUACCAACUCCUCCUCGGCUUCGCCAGCUUCACAAUGCUCGGCUACUUCGUCCUCAUGUACAGUCUCGCCAACUACGCCAACGAAAUCGGCCUCAACGCCUCUCAAGCCUCCAUCAUAACAGCAAUAUUCAAUCUCGGACAAGCCGUCGGCCGCCCCUGCAUCGGCUAUUUCAGCGACCGCGUCGGACGGAUCAACAUGGCCAGCUCCAUGACGUUCCUAUCGGGUGUCUUGGCGCUGGUUGUCUGGACCAAUGCGAAGAGCUACGGGGUGCUGGGGUUCUUUGCCGUCGCGGAGGGACUCAUCGCGGGAAACUUCUGGGCUACUAUUGCGCCGCUCAUGGCUGAGGUUGUUGGGCUGAAGGAGGUGCCGGCUGGGUUGAAUAUAUUGUGGUUGAGUAUUGUGUUGCCGUGUACGUUUAGUGAGCCGAUUGCGUUGGAGAUCUUUACGGGGACGGGCAGUUAUCAGGGGACACAGUUGUUUACGGGGUUUGUUUAUUUGGCUGCGGCGGGGUGUUUGGUGGCUUUGAGGGGGUGGAAGAUUAUGGUGGAGUCGAGGGGUGCUGGUGUGAUUGGCGAUGGUAGUGGGAGGAGAACUGAUGGGGUUGAUGUACUAGUGGGUGGGAUGGAUAGGUUAGGGUUUGUGGAGUUUUGUCAGCUUUGUUUUCGAUGGGCGGUUGUUUGA